UCUAGCUUGUUCCUUCUUCACACGCUAUUUGCAUUUACUCUCUCUCGCUCUCUCUCACUAACAAAAGAAUCUUUCUUUGUCUCUCUCUCUCACUAACAACGAUGGCUCAAGAAGACGUUGCUGCUGCUGCGAACGGUGCCACGGCGGUGGAGAAGUCCGUUACCUUCACGGCGUACAAGCCUCAGCUGAUCGUGGAGGCACAGAAGGUCGGUGAAGCCGUUGCUUUCUACAAGGCGGUGUUCGACGCGACGGAGACUGGUGGACACUCUCUUUACCCUAAGCGUAAGGCUGACCAAGAGCUCCCUCACGUUGUCUCCGCUGAGCUCAAGCUCGCUGGCACUACCGUCGUUGUUUCCGACGUCUCUGUCCAUUCUGGUUCUAAUGCGAAGACGGGGACUGUGUCUGCACUCCUCGAGACCGAUGACGUGGAAGCUGCCGUUGCGAAGGCCGUUGCCGCCGGAGCUGUGAAAGUUGAGGAGGUCUCCGAGGGUGAAGCUGACGGUGGAGUUAAGGGGAAAGUGACGGAUCCGUUCGGUUUCACCUGGAUCUUCGUUUCGCCGGCGGAGAAGAAGAGUGACGAGGAAGAAAACAAAGAGGUUUAACUGUCGCCGUCGGAUCUGGUCGUUCGUCGGUUUCUGAUCUAUUGUCCUUCUUUUUUAAAAAAUGCUUUUGUAGUUUGUCUUUUGUGGAAUCUCCGGUAUCAGUAAACCGGAUCGGUUAAACUAUUGACUUUUGUUGAGUUUUGAUUUCACCCUUUUGACAUAAGACUUGGUGAAAUAAAACGGAAAUCAUCUCGGAUA